AUGCUCGACCAUAUCGAUUCUUUCUCGCCGGCUCGCUCUCUCUUUAAGCGCUGCAAAGACUGCGGAGACUCCUCCCCCACCUGCCCAUCAUGCCCCGAUGGCUCAACCUGUACCAUGACCACUCAGACCUGUGACCAAUGCGCCACCACAAAGUGCAUUUCAACAGGGACUGGCGGUUCCCAGCCACCCUCGGGCGGCAGCGACACCGGUGCUAUUGCAGGGGGUGUCAUUGGUGGUGUGGCAGCAAUUGCCCUCAUUGUGUUCUUGGUGUGGUGGUUCAUCAUACGGAAGAAGCGCCAGGAGCGCAUGGAAGCAGAGAAGAACAAUGAAUUCUCGGCCGCUCGCAGUGAACGGCAGUCUAUCGCCUCCACGGUCCUAACUCGUGCCUCCAACGUUAUCCAAAUCGCCUACAUCCCCGGUGUCACCAACCGCUCUCCGCCAGAAACUCCAGCUUCUCUCGUUCCUCCCGUCCCCCCCCUCCCCGGUGCUACCCCCGAUCAACACUUCUUCAUGCCAGGUGAUCUUCGUGACUCGUCUUGGACGACUACCACUGGCCACCAGAGCAUCUCUCCCACCUUGCGUAGCAGUGUGGCAACGACAAUCUACCGCAACGAUGCCAUUGUCAGCGCCAUUCCUGCGCAGCAGAUUCAACGCUCUCGUGCCGCCGUGGUGAGCAUCCACAAUGGAGGAGCUGGCGGCAACGCACCCGGAGAAGAUUCCCCCGUUGCAGUUACAGUGACUCCUGCAGACGCACCUGCCGUACCUGCCAUCACACCAGCACAACUUGCUCGAGCGGAGGCCGUCAAGGGCAACAGCUCAUGCGUGGCUCGCAGUGUGACAGCCAAACCCGUCAUGGUACGCGGUCCUUCGCUGAAGAAGAAAGAAAACAACAACCCACCUGCCGUCAGUCGUAUCGAAGAAGUGUCCGAGUCAAGCACUAGCAAGAACACCAGCCGGGCUCCAUCUACCACGGACAGCCAGCAGUUCAACCACAACAUUUCCACAUUUGAUGCCUCCUCAGACGAGGAGGAUGAUGCACCGAGGCCAGCAAACUUGGACACAGACUCUGCACAUCGCCAGUCAGCACGUCGAAUUUCUGGCUUGAGUGAUGGACGCAGCUCCACCCGGACACCACCUGCCCGGGUGGAGAGUCCAUUCUCAGAUGCGAAUGAGGUCCAAUAA